AUGUCUUAUUACGAUGUUGAUGCCAUAUUGACGGACGCACAAAAACUCCCUUGUACUUUCGAACUCGAGGUGCCGGGACUCGGUAUUUUGGAGGGUAAUCCGGGCGAAAGUAUCAAAGCCGGGACUCGAGUCGAUCUGCCACUAUGGCUGGGAGAGAUGCUUUCUAUCGGCGCUCGAUUAGGCACCUCGCGUCUCGUCACGCUUGACCUUCCCUCCGCCUUGUCCGAACGGGUCAUGAAUGCCCUCAAGGCGGAUCCACGGACUGUUGACCUGCGCUCGCUGGCACCGCAUUUUUACAGCCUGGGCGUCAGGAUUUUAGAGCUCUUCGAGGAGGAGGAGAUGGUGGAUAUCUUGAGCGAUACGUUCAAGAAACGCGCCGCAGAGAUUGCAGACCAUGCCCAUAAUCCACGUGGAGCUCUAGGCGACGGGGUGGAGUUCCUGCGAGGAUUGGAUGAAACGGAGAGACAGUUGUUCCGUGUCGCUCAUGACAGCGCCAAGGAGAUGCGAAUAUGGUCUGGGGAGGCAAAAAAGAGGAAGUAG